AUGGAAGAUUUAUUUGUCGUAGAAUCUUUUGGCGCCUUUCGAGAAUCGCUUGGCGAGAGUCUUAAUCACCUCUUCUGCCACUUUGACCCCAACUUCUUCCUUAAGCUCAUCGCCCGUGGGCUCGUCGUCUUUGGGCUCACCGUCUUUGGCCUCAUCGUCGUCUUUGUAGUCUCCAUCUUCCCGCGGAGGUUCCAGGUGUCAAAGUAUUUGUCAACAUCUUCAGGGCUGGAGUUUGCUGGGCUCUUCAACAAUGGGCUGCGCGAGUCUCUUGCUUCGACGGAGGGCGUAGGGGCGGUGGACGCAAGGCGUUUGGGGGCCAUCGUGACGUAUCGAAGCGCAUAUAGGUGAUGGUGUUUUAUUGAGUCGGGGUAACAUGAGUCUUUUCGAAUGGCUGCGAG